AUGUCGGAUGGAAACGAGGGUCGCGAUAGAUAUGGCCGGGUGAAAAGAGAAUAUCGGGAUGAAGACUGGCAUGAGAGGCAGAGGAGGGGUCCGAGAAAUCAGAAUCGCAGUCGCAGUCCUGGCCGGAGGCCUGGGUCUGGUGCUCGAACAGGUGCAAAUGCAGUACCUGUGAAGCGGGAAGAUCGAGGAGAUGGGGGUCGAACUCGGUCUCAUGAAAGAAAUAGAGAUCGGGACCGAGAUCGUGAUAUGAGGCGUGAAUGGGAUAGGGGAUCUCGAGACCGUUCAGGGAUAAGACCAAAAGAAGAAGACUUAUGGUCGAAUGACGACUCUAAAGAGGCUCCGCCUUCUCCACCACCUGUAAAACCCAAUUAUUCACACUCGGGAGUAUUGACUGAAGAGUCUAAGAAAGACUCGGAAGGCAAUAUCCUGAAGUAUCACGAACCAGAGGAUGCAACAACUCCUCCCAAAACACCUGAGUACCGAAUUUAUGUGUUCAGCGAGUCUGAACAGGGCAAACUCAUUGAUACUAUCAAACUCAAUCAGAAGAGCCAUUAUCUUCUAGGACGCGACACAAAAGUCUGCGAUAUCCCUGUCGAUAUCAAAUCGUGCUCACGACAGCAUGCGGUGAUCCAGUUUCGUCGCAUUUCUAAAACUGACCGCUUCGGUGACACCCACCACACCAUUAAACCAUACAUCAUCGAUCUCGAAUCGUCCUACGGAACACAACUCAACGGCGACGACGUCCCUCCCAGCCGCUACGUCGAACUCCGCAACAAAGACCUGAUCCAGUUCUGCGGCCAUCCUCGCGAGUACCUCUGGAUCGAGAGCUGA